GUUCGGAGCGGGGGGGUCACAUGACCGGAGGAGCAGCUGAUCGUCACCACGGACAAGAUCACGACCGACAGCUCGGUGCGUUCUGCUAAUCCUGCACGGAAAAACAACCGACUCUCCUGAGCUGCGUGCACAGAACUGACGCGGACGUGUCCGGUUUUUAUUCGAGAUCUCCUGAAGACUAGAAUCCUCCACAGAGAGACGACAACAUGUCCGGAAAAGAGAGGAUCGACAUUUUCCCCUCCAGAAUGGCUCAGACCAUCAUGAAAGCUCGGCUGAAAGGGGCACAGACCGGCCGCAACCUGCUCAAGAAGAAAGCCGACGCCCUCUCCAUGCGCUUCCGUCAGAUCCUUCGCAAAAUUAUUGAGACUAAGACCAAGAUGGGGGAGGUGAUGAGAGAGGCGGCCUUCUCUUUGGCUGAAGCCAAAUUUGCAGCUGGAGACUUCAGCACAACUGUAAUUCAGAACGUCAACAAAGCCCAAGUGAAGGUCCGGGCCAAGAAAGACAACGUGGCAGGUGUCACCCUACCAGUUUUUGAGCACUACCAAGAAGGCGGCGACAGUUAUGAACUGACCGGUCUGGCCAGAGGAGGAGAGCAGCUCUCCAGGUUGAAGAGAAACUACGCCCGAGCUGUGGAGCUGCUGGUGGAGCUGGCCUCCUUACAGACAUCAUUUGUCACUCUGGAUGAAGCCAUAAAAAUUACCAACCGCCGUGUGAAUGCUAUCGAGCACGUGAUUAUCCCGAGGAUUGAUCGCACCCUCACCUACAUCAUCACAGAGCUGGAUGAGAGAGAACGAGAGGAGUUCUACAGGCUGAAAAAGAUCCAAGAGAAGAAGAAGCAGCUCAGGGAAAGGACCGAGCUGGAGAUCGCGGCCCGUCUGGCUAAGCUGGGUCCCAUAGCGGAGCCCUCCAACAUGCUGACGGAGGAGAUGGACGAGGACCUGCUAUUCGAGUGAUGCGGCCUCUCCGGGCUGACGAGUCGCCGACAUCGCUCCAUCAUCCUAUUUAUUCUGUGCCUCUCCGGGCCAAGUCUAUGUCUUCUCAUGCAAAUCGAUGAAAGCUGUUUUGUUGUCGUUGUCUUUGAUGAUCUGUUCUGUUGUUUCGGUGCUGGAAGGUGUGUGUGUGUGUGUGUCACUGUACAGAACCAGUGUUGAGGAGUCGGUUAUGAAAUAAUUUAAAUAAUAAGAAUAUAAGUGUUUACACGUGGUUUGUGAGCGACGUUAAAAAACAAGCAUUCCGUGGGUUUGGUCGACUUGUAAAUACUUCAGUUUGCUCACAACAGUCGGAGGCGUUGCAUGCUGUACAAGCUCAAAGGUGGUUGUAGAUUUCAAGGCGCGUGUGAGUCUGUUGCGGAGGUGCGUCACACUGCUGACCUCAUAUCACUGGGUUGUUGUCUUCACCUCAUUAGAUGAAGAUGAGGAUGUUUACCGUUGCACCAGGACCCCUAUUAUAUGACCCCCGCUGUAAAACGUGUGAACAAGGCCCAAGACUUCAUCCAAAUAAAGAUGUUCGACAUAUUCAA